AUGAAAAAGAAACCCAGACACCACGAACAGCUAAAGCAAAGACAAAUUCAAGACAACAACAACAAUAACGGAAUCACAUCUCUCUCCUUCGCCAAACCAUCUCCGACUCCAAUCUUAAUCGGAAAACAAACGAACCACCGUACCAAACUCGACGCCUUAGACUCCGUCAUCACAGACCUCGAAACCUCCGCUAAAAAAGGCAUCAGAAUCAGCGAGCCAGAGAUCUUCGCUUCUCUUCUCGAGACAUGCUACACCUUGAGAGCCAUCGACCACGGCGUCAGAGUCCACCGUCUCAUCCCUCCGUACCUCCUGCGCGACAAUCUCGGAGUCUCGUCGAAGCUCGUCAGGCUCUACGCUUCCUGCGGCCACGCGGAAGUCGCACACGAGGUGUUCGAUCGAAUGUCUAAGAGAGUCUCAUUAUCAUCAGCUUUCGCUUGGAACUCUCUCAUCUCAGGCUACGCCGAAUCAGGUCAGCACGAAGACGCCAUGGCUCUCUACUUCCAGAUGGCGGAAGAAGGCGUGAAGCCAGACAGGUUCACAUUCCCACGCGUGUUGAAGGCUUGCGGAGGAAUCGGCUCUGUUCAGAUCGGAGAAGCGAUUCACCGUGAUUUGGUCAAAGAAGGUUUCGGAGACGAUGUCUAUGUCCUCAACGCUCUUGUUGACAUGUACGCGAAAUGCGGCGACAUAUGUUACAAACUUAUUAGUAAGACUUACUUUUGA